AUGGCUUUCUUGAUGAAAAAGAAGAAAUUCAAGUUCCAAACCACUUUCACCCUGGAGGAGCUGACUGCAGUCCCCUUCGUGAAUGGGGUCCUCUUCUGCAAGGUCCGCCUGCUGGAUGGCGGGGACUUUGUCAGCCUGUCGUCAAGGGAGGAGGUGCAGGAGAACUGCGUGCGGUGGCGGAAGAGGUUCACCUUCGUGUGUAAGAUGAGCGCCAACCCGGCCACUGGCCUGCUCGACCCCUGCAUCUUCCGUGUGUCGGUGCGCAAGGAGCUAAAAGGUGGGAAGGCUUAUUCCAAGCUGGGCUUCACCGACCUGAACCUGGCGGAGUUUGCAGGGUCAGGCUCCACGGUGCGCUGCUGCCUGCUGGAGGGCUACGACACGAAGAACACCCGACAGGACAACUCCAUCCUCAAGGUCACCAUUGGAAUGUUCCUGCUCUCGGGAGACCCCUGCUUCAAGACGCCGCCGUCCACUGCCAAGUCCAUCUCCAUUCCAGGCCAGGAUUCCUCCCUGCAGCUGACGUGUAAGGGUGGCGGGACCAGCCGCGGUGGCAGCAGCAGCAACUCCUUGACGGGGUCCCGGCCCCCCAAGCCUCGGCCCACCAUCCUCAGCUCAGGGGUGCCGGAGGAGCCAGACCAGAACCUGUCCAGCCCCGAGGAGGUGUUCCAUUCCGGCCACUCCCGCAACUCCAGUUACGCCAGCCAGCAGUCCAAGAUCUCGGGCUACAGCACGGAGCACUCGCGCUCCUCGAGCCUCUCGGAUCUGACGCACCGCCGGAACACGUCCACCAGCAGCAGCGCCUCGGGCGGCCUCAGCAUGGCCGUGGAGGGGCCCGAAGGCAGCGAGCGCGAGCACCGGCCCCCCGAGAAGCCGCCGCGGCCGCCCCGGCCCCCACAUCUGUCGGACCGCUCGUUCCGGAGGAAGAAGGACUCGGUGGAGAGCCACCCGACCUGGGUGGAUGACACGCGCAUUGACGCUGAUGACAUCGUAGAGAAGAUCAUGCAGAGCCAGGACUUCACGGAAGGGAGCAAUACCGAGGACAGCAACCUCCGGCUGUUCGUGAGCCGCGAUGGCACCACCACCCUGAGUGGUAUCCAGCUGGCCAACAGGGUCUCCUCUGGGGUCUAUGAGCCAGUCGUGAUUGAAAGCCAUUGA